UCUCCCAUGUGACCAGUCUGGCUGGCCGGGUGAGGCAGUAAAUCUGUGCAGUGCACGGCAGCUGUGUAUUUCAUGUGCAAGUGCAAAGUGGGAUUAGUUAUGCUGGACAGGUGUGGUCCAAGAUGAUGUUCAGAUGCAAAUUAGUAAUUAACCAAGUCCACAACAGGUUCCUGAUGGCUGCACCGUCUGGUUCAUGUGGUGCACAGGCUGAUCCCAUUUUCCCAGUUUUCACAGAUGUCUUCAUAGGGUGGCCCGGACGGUCACAUGAUGCAAGGGUUAUCGCCAACUCCGAUCUUUACAGUAUUGCUGAGGACAAGCUUGGUGGAUGGCUUUUCCCUCGAGAGAAAUCGGUGAUCGUACAUGGUGUGGACAUCCCGGUCCACCUCAUUGGUGAUGCAGCAUACCCAUUACAGCACUGGCUAAUGAAGGGCUACACCCAGCAUGUUCACUUAUCCCCCGAACAGACAUCAUAUACCCAUGCCCUAAGUUCGGCCCGUAUGGCAGUGGAGAAUGCGUUUGGGCGUUUAAAAGGACGCUGGCGCUGCCUCAUGAAGAGGAAUGAUGUGGACUUGAAAAUAAUGCCAGAUAUAGUAGCGGCCUGCUGCAUUCUCCAUAACAUAUGUGAGAUUCAAAAGGAAAACUUUCUCCCCGAGUGGAAUAUACAUGAUCAUGGGGCGGGGGUCGCUGUACAUGAUGCACCAGGCUUGGUGGGGGGGCAUGACGCUGCCAGCGAGUGCAUAAGGACCACCAUUGCAGCUAAUCUUCAAACAAUGUUGCAGUAGAGAAGACAGACAAGUUUUUGUGUGCAAACAAAUUUUGUUUAUUUUGUUUUUCAGUUAUAAAAAUUUGGUUCAAAAGUUAUAAGUUAUUAUAUGUUUUCUUUUAAACAGUUGGCACACAUUUUCUGAGGUAACAAUAUAAAAUAUUUAAGUGCAAACAUGACACUGUAAAAUUCCACAUAACGCAAGGGGUCUUCAACAUGUGUCCCUCCAGCUGUUGUGGAACAACAUGUACCAGCAUGUGUUGCUAUGUGUUUCCACAACAGCUAGAGGGCCACAUGGUGAAGACACCUGCCCUGAGGUAACUUUAUAAAAGAGUAAAGUGCAAACAGGGCACUCUGAAAAAAAAAACAUAAUGUUUGGUUUGGCAGGUAUCGGGGUACCCCCAAUAUUUGGAUCACACUGCCGCACAUUUUCUAAAGUAACAAUAUAAAAUAUUUAAGUGCAAAUAUGUCACUGUAAAAUUCCACAUAACGCAAGGGGUCUUCAACAUGUGUCCCUCCAGCUGUUGUGGAACAACAUGUACCGGCAUGUGUUGCUAUGUGUUUCCACAACAGCUAGAGGGCCACAUGGUGAAGACACCUGCCCUGAGGUAACAGUAUAAAAGAGUAAAGUGCAAACAGGGCACUCUGUAAAAAAAAACCCUAAUGUUUGGUUUGGCAGGUAUCGGGGUACCCCCAAUAUUUGGAUCACACUGCCGCACAUUUUCUGAGGUAACAAUAUAAAAGGUAGCCCCAAUAUCUGGAUCCCACUGCCCAUUUUUCUGAGGUAACAAUAUAAAAGUUUAAAGUGCCAACAGGGCACUCUGUAAAAUCAAAAUAAUGUUUGGAUUUGUAGGUAUCAGGGUUGAGGAUACAGUGCAAACAGAACCUUAAAACACAAACAUUGUUUUAUCACCCACUACUCUAAGGCAGUUGUCUAUAUACCCGAUAUUCUGAGGAUUGCGGGAUUUGUGUUGGGGGAUUUGAGGGAGGCUCAUAGUUGUAUGGACCAUGCGGGUGCUGUGGGUAGGCUGUGUCUUGCUGUUGUGCUUGUGUGGUAUUCCCUAUGGUACGUGCAAAAGUGCGUUCAAAAAAUGUCAUCUGCCUAUCAUGCAUGGUCAUUAACUGCUUCAUAAAAGUUUGAUGCAUUUCUUUUUCUGACGCAAGAGAUCUCUCAAGUCGUGCAUAUUCCUGGGCAUUGAGCUCACUAUCCGCCUCACGCAGGUGAUCCACGAUAAUGGACUUCAUUGCUCUGACUGUUUGUUUUGUUUUGUUCAGUUUCUUUUUCCGCUGUGGAACGUCGUAGACUGUGAAGGGGAUGAAACAGAAUGUAAGCAACAAUAUAAAAAUAGCAGUGGUAGCAUAUACGUGUUUGUGGCCUUCUCCCACCUGCACACUAGCUAUACUCUGCAACAUUACCAUGCCUUUACAUAGAUUUUGUAUAGGGACUGCUGCAACUGUAUUUGUAAUGGUAAUACUUACUAUUUGAGCGCAAAGUCGUGGUCUUGGGGGGUUGCGACGUCUCCGCCUGAGACUGUGGUACAUCCUCAAUAGUGGCACUGAUGGAAUGAUCAUUGACGGUCGAGUCUUCGAAACUGCUGUCCGAUAUAAGCAGCGGGGAUGAUGGGCUGCAUUGUGAGCUGGGAAGGCUGUGCUGUUUUUCGUCACAGUCCUCGUCGACUGACAUCUGGCGACUGGCAGAGCUGGAUGACGAUAGUGCUAUGGGAUUUGUUAUCGCAGUUUUGCCGAAGACACUAUAGCAUAGGUCAUAAUAUGCCCAUUCCAUACGCCCAGCACCACUUUUCUCGCGGUUAUGGUCGUGUACUUUGGUGAAUUGUCUGCGUAGUGCCUUCAAUUUGUUAACGACUUGUUGCUGGGUUUUUUGGAUGGCCCUUUCUGCCAGCAUAAGGGAUAUGUUCUUGUAGACGAUAGCAUCCUUAACUGUUCCAGUCACCUGCCUUCUAAUUUCUUCCUCUCCCCGAAUAUUAAGCAGCUCUUUGAUCUCUGUGUCUGACCAGGUAUGGCUAGCCAUGUUGCUGUGCUGGAGCUUCUGCUGCUGUAUAUUGUCUGUUUGUUUGGAAGCUGCUGCAAUAAAAAUAUCUGUAUGUACCCAGCGUGACUUCAGAGUGUUUUGUUUGGAAGCUGCCUCAAUGCCUGCAUGUGCCCAACGUAGUGUUGUAGCUGCUGCAAUAGAUGUGCAUCUGCGUUUGUUUGCUGCUGCGGUGCCUGCAUGUGCCCAGCAUGUC